CACAUGUCUGAUGACCUGAUGUACCCGGAUGUACCGGGUUAGGUUUUUUUUCUAGUUCCUUACAUUUUGUAACGUUAGCGUAUAUGUGGAUUUUGUUUGUCAUCUCGCCUCUACUGUGUCAUCAGAAGCCUUUUUUUGCACGGGUAACCCACUAGCUUACUACACGUAGAGCUACACCCGUAACUGUAAACAUAAGAGAGCGUUAGCUUGCUGCUCUGUCGGUGUAUUAUAGUAGUUCCAUCAACCUUUGCGUUAAAAUGGGUGAGGAAAUGAACGAUAAUUCCUUGGGCAGCGGACCUUCUAAUGACACUGCUGCUGAAGAAAACGGCCAAACGGUAGAAGGAGGUGUAAAAUACUACACACUUGAAGAAAUAAGGCUACAUAACACGAGUAAUGACACAUGGCUCAUCAUCCACGAUAAAGUGUAUGACAUCACAAGUUUCCUUGAAGAGCAUCCGGGGGGUGAGGAGGUUUUGAUAGAGCAGGCUGGUGCAGAUGCCACAGAGAGCUUUGAGGAUGUGGGUCACUCCACAGAUGCCAGGGAGAUGCUUGAGCAGUACUUCCUUGGGGAGCUUCACAUGGACGACAGAUUAAAGCAGAAGCCAAAAGACGAAAAAUUCAAUGAAUCAGGAGAGUCCAGCAGCUCCUGGACCACAUGGUUGAUACCGGCAAUUGUCGCGACUGUCGUUGGUGUUGUGUAUCGUUUCUACGUGGUUGAACACAAGUCUUCUUGAGUGUUGACAUCGUUUUUCAUCUCAUUAUUUUCAUCUGGAGGCCUUGAAAUGUUUGACCAAAACCUCCUCAUACUGAACCUACAAAACUGGGAGUCUCUGCAACAAAAUGAGGUCAGCAGAUUGUCCUUUUCCAUCUACAAAGAGUUCACCAAUCAGAGUUUAUAAAGGGCAGCCCUCAUUGAAUUGUCUGCUUUUAGUAUAUUUGUUUUUCAUUGUCACUAUGCCUGUUGUCAUUAAUGUUUAACAUUGUCGUUAACUUGCAACAUAAUUUCACUGAUAGACAAAAUGGAAACAUUGAAGGAGAUGUUAGUAUGCAAAAUGGUAAUGAGAUUAGGAUACAUUUACCUUGACCUUACUUUUUACACUGAAACAUCACUUGCGAUGCAUUUUGUUAGUUUUGAAUAAAGUGAACAUUGUUACAGCUGCCUUACUUUUAUUUCGGAAUCUGGAGUUUAUUUCAUUUUUGGGAAAUAGUGGUGAGUUAUAUUGCAUCAAUAAUUAUUUAAGGUUAAUUGUAUUCUGACAUGUCCUAUUUUUUACACUUCUACUAUCAGGAAUUUGUGAAAAUGUUCAAACUGCCGGAUCCUGAAAUUAAUGUAGUGUCUAAUACAAUGAUAUUUUAUUGCCCAGAAAUAAUAGCUGACAGUGAAUAACCUGAAGACGAAUUGUGUUUUUUCAUUGUUCUGUUUUAAAAUGUUGUUUCUUACUAUGCCAUUUGUUAUUUAACUGCUGCUUUUGCAAACAUUUGUUUCAAUGUAAUGCAUCUUAAAUGUAUAUUCUAGGAAAGUACUAAUCGCCAGAGGUUAUAAAUUGUAUUAGAGGAAAUCUGGUGUGUGUUGCAAGCCACAGUGCAUACAUAUUUAAUAUAUAUAUAUUUUAGUUGCUUUUACAAUACAAUACGUUUGCUGUUCAUGUUUUGGCACUGCAGAAUAUAUAAUGGUAGAUGCAGUAUAGCAUUUGUAGAAUCACUCCUUUUUAUUGAACAUAUACUGAAACAGGCAACUAUUUAUCAUCUGUCAUUUCACAAAAGUUAAACAUUUCUGGACAUAACUUGCUAUUUCCUCAUGUGAUAACAAACAAGUGCAGCAGAAUCUAGUUGGUUGACAUCAGAGAUAAACAUUUUCCAUCUUUCAAUUUGUACUUCCUGUCAUUAAUGACCUCUUUGAAUAAAAUCUUUCAAAACAA